GCAGCUGCCGCCGAUCACUUUGCAUUUGCUUGUAUCAGUGGACCAAUGUUAUUAUAAUUUAUUAUUGUUUGAAAUAUAAUGGAAUCUUUAAGAUAUUCCUGUCGAGUGUGUUUACAAUAUAAUUCGGAAUCAAAUUCUAUUUUCGACGAAGUAGAAUAUGAAGAGUACAUAAAGUUGGCAAAUAUAUUCGAAAAGGUCACAAACGUUGAGGUGGUCGAAUACGAUGAUGAAAAACCUUGUCGCUUGUGUCAGGAGUGCACUGAACGCCUUUUACAUGCCUACGAAUUUAUUUGUUCUGUAGAACGGGCAGAAAUAAGUAUAGAGAAUUAUUUAAAGGGGGAUAACAAUCAGUCAGUCGAGGAAUUGAAGCCAGAGGAUGAAGAUAAUAAGAUUGACGCUACUGAUAUAGAUAUACAAGAUAUUGAGAUAUUGGACGAGGAGUUUCAAACGGAUCACGAGCAACGCUCCACAGACAUUGAAGUAUUUAGUACGGAAGUGGUGUCAGCGGAAUCAGUAGUGGAUAUAUUUGAUAGUAACAUAGUUCCUGAACAAACAAAUAAAACGAAACAAGUUGAGGAUGCUGUUGGGUCGCGAUUGUCUAAACGUUUGUCUUCAAGUCAUUACAAAUGCAGCAGCUGCCAAAGAACGUUUGCCAAAAUUGAAACUUUAGAUCGGCAUAUAAAAACUGCACAUACAGCAUUACUGCCUGAGGAAUUGGCAAAUAUAUCUACACAAGUACACGCGGCAGCGGAUGAUAAACAAAUAUCAUGUUCUUAUUGUCCACAAAUGUUUAAGCGACGUAACAAUUAUAUUCGACAUUUAACGGCAACCCAUUCCAAGGAAGUGGAACAACUUGGGGACGAAGAUAAGAAAUUGAUUAAAACAAAGCAUAACUACAAAAGGGGAAAUUGUCCGUACUGUGGUAAGAACUUCACACAAGCUAGCCUCAUUGUGCACAUAAGAAGACACACUGGAGAAAACCCUUAUCAGUGUGAUCAAUGUGAGAAAGGAUUUCCCAGACGUCAAGAUCUUGUUGUACAUCAACGAAAGCAUACUGGCGAAAAACCCCACAUGUGCACCAUUUGUGGUAAAUCAUUUUCACGUGCAAAUAAAUUAGCCCGCCAUAUGCGUGUUCACACCGGAGAACGCCCGUAUAAAUGUACUAAAUGUCAGCGAAGUUUCGCUCAAUCAAAUGACCUUAAAAUCCAUAUGCGAAGACAUACUGGAGAAAAGCCAUACAAAUGUAGUGUUUGCUUAGAAGCUUUUAUCUGUGGAGCAGCAUUAAAAACGCAUCGGCGACAAAAAAAUCAUCACUCGCCUAAAGAUGAAUAUGACGAUCCAUUUGCUAAUUGGAGAGUAUGCAAACGUGAGUUAAAAACUAAUGAUGACAAAAGCGAAAAUGAGACCAACCUCGUCCAAUUGGAGUUUGUUCAAAUUGUACAAGAAUAAUUUAUAGUUGCUGUUAAAUUAAUUCCAAUAAAUUACCUACCUACAUACAUAUUGUCACCUGAAACGCAAACGGCCCUAACUAACCAAAAAUUCAAAAUUGAUUUUAUUGUUGAUUCUAAUGUAUUGCAUCAAAUCAAAUGUCCACACCAAAACUACUCCGACCAAAAUUAUAAAUUUUAUUGAUAAAAAACAAAAGGCCCUAUCUACAAAAACAUUAAAAUUUUAAAGGCAAAAAGUCCAAUUUAUCCAUUUUUAUAUACGCCAUUGUGAACUAUCAUAGCAAAUGAUAAGUUUCACUAUUAAACAAUUUGUUUAUUUACUACAAAUAAAUCACGUUGAUAGAAACAAACUUUUCAAUUUAAAUAGUUUUUUGCUUCUGUAAAAUUUUAAAAAUGUUAGAUAGGGCCGCUUGCGUUUUAGGUGACGAUAUGUAUGUAUAUUAGAGAUUUUUUACUAUCCUACUUUUGUGGAAGUUACACUUUUUUAAUCCAGUUUCCCCAAAAGAAAAACACAAGUUUUAUACUGUGAGUAUUUUAUAAUUUAUUUAAUGAAGGUUGCUUCAGAUAAAAUAAAAGAUGAAAAUUAUUAAUAAUGUUUUGUUGGUAUAAUGAGGAAAAUCCCUCUACUGCUAUGCCAUAAUAAGAAAUUUCAUUUUUUUAAUAACAAAUAAAGAAUUUUCAUAAAAUAAUUGAAUACAAUACAAAACAAUAUAU